CGCACUGCAGACUCAGUGUUGCUGCUGCAGCUCGGACACUAAAACACUGCAGCUCGUUUGUGUCUCUGCUGUAACACCGUUUAACGAGUUAUUGAUCCGAGUCGCAUCAUGUCGAGGAGACGCUGUGUCCUGCUCUGCGAGGUCAAGUGUCCUCUGUAUGGACUCCCGAAGGAAGAGGACGUGAGGAACGAGUGGGUGGAGUUCAUCUUUAAGCCCGUCCCCGUGCAGUACAACGCCAACCUGCUGCUGUGUUCGCGGCAUUUCACCGAGGACUGCUUCGAGAACUGGGCCCAGUACACCACCGGGUUCUCCAAGCGCCUGCUGCUUAAAGAGGGUUCGGUUCCCAGUUUGUUGGGUCCACGUAGCGGUUCGGGAUCACAGCCUCGUACAUCACAGCGGGAUCCCGAUACCCUACCACUGCCAUUUGUAGCCCGAUUGCAGAGUACAGGGACUCAAACAGAUCCUCCUCCAACGGCCUCAGUGGGCACAAUGACGUCAAAAAAGAUGGUGUCUGUAGCCACUCAGCUGUCCUGGGGAACUCUGAGGAGCAACCGCCGCAGAAGCAAAGCCAUCCAGGUAAAGAUGUCUUGUGUCAGUGUUGGCACCGAAACCACAACACUGUCUUCAACAUCUGUGACGGACCAAGGUUUCAGACCAAGCAAACGACCUCGAGUUGAAGUGGAGGAGGAGGAGGAGGAGGAGGAGGAGGAAGUGGAGGAGGAAGUGGAAGAGGAAGAGGAAGACCCUCUUGACCCAACAUAUGGACCCAUCGACUCUGAUGUUUCAGAGGAAUCAGAAAUACCGUUUGAGUCCAGUUCAUCACACGAGGACGCGAAAUACAUCGUUUUUGAUCGCUGCCUCAGAGAGCUGUUCGACAUCUGUCCGGUGUGCAAACAGAAGUGUGACGUCCAGCGGCGGCAGAUGGGUACCUAUGUGGCGUUCACUCAGCUCUGCCGUGCGUGUGAUUACUCCAGGCGGUGGCACAGUCAGCCCGUCGUUGGGAGCACCCCCGUUGGCAACCUUCAGCUGUCAGCAGCCACGUACUUCACCGGUGGAUCCUUCACCCAACUGGAAAAGAUAUGCAAGGCCAUGCAGCUCCAGAUGUUCCAGUACGACACCUUCAGGAGGCAUGCUAGGAGCUUCCUGGAGCCCGCUAUUGUCCACAAAUGGAAGUCUGAUCAGUAUAACCUUCUGCAGCGGCUACACCACCAAGGGGGGGCGGUGUCAGUGGGCGGAGAUAUGCGAGCAGAUUUACCAGGGCUCACAGCAAAGUACGGCAGCUACACGCUGAUGCACCUGGAGAGCAACACCAUCGUGGACCUCCAGCUUGUUCAGAGCGAUGAAGUGGCUGGUAGGUACCACAUGGAGAAGGAGGGGCUGACCCGGUGCCUGGGUGUUCUGGGGUCAAACGGUUUGGCCGUGGACUACAUUGUUACAGAUUGUGAUUCACAGAUCCAGAAGUUUCUGAGGGAACGAAAGAUCCCUCAGUUCUAUGACGCGCGGCACUUUGAGAAAGGUUUGUCCAAGAAACUAAGCACACUCUCCAAAGACAAGGACUGCGAGGUGUUGAAGAGGUGGCUGCCCAACAUCAAACAACACGUCUACUGGACAGCCAGCUCUUCUACAUCGGGGCCGGAGAAGGUGGCCAAGUGGACGUCACAGAUCAACCACAUGCAAAAUGUGCAUGUGCAUGAAGACCCCAUCUUCCCCAAAUGUGAACAUCCAAACCAAUCGUCCAGGGGUCCAAGUAAAUGGCUCCAACCAGGGUCAGUUGCACUCCACAAAGUGGAGAAAGUCCUGGUCAACCAGAGAGUCGUCAAAAACGUGGAGAAGCUGAGUCACCACUACAGGACACCUUCUCUGGAGGACUUCCACAGCGUGAUCCAGCGUUUCACACCCAAGAAUGCCGUUUUCCCUUUCAUGGGAAUGUUGUGCAGGUUGUACCUUGCGGUGAUGCACUAUAAUGAAAAUGCAGAGAAAGCAACGUCUACAGGAACAUCGGGCUCCAAGUCAAAGAAGGGAGAACUCCUACCAGAGCCCGUUAAAACAAAGCCUACAUACAACUACGUGGAUGAACUGAUGAAGCUCGUCUUUGAGGAGGUGUUCGAGGACCCCACUCCGUUCGUUGACUUGUUGAAGACGAUCCCCAUCCCCAACGAGCUGCCGUCCCAGUGUGAGAGGCCCUCACAGGAGGAAGUGUUUUCCCACCAUGUGUUCCAAAAUACUGACCAGUCGGAACAGGAAAGUCCCGGUGUGUCCGGAGAAGAACCCACGAAGGAAUGCGUGCCGUCCUAAAGAGCACCAGAACCAGCUGACGAAGCCAGUAUGACCAGUACGGAUCAGACGCCCUUACAGCUAAAAUAUGUAUCUAUGUACAGUAUCACAUUUACAAUUGUUGUUUUUUUAUAUUUUAUAAAAAGUAAUU